AUGUCCUAUCUCGAGCCCAACCCGAAGGAGCUCGGUGAGGCUGCCCCGCGGGAUGCUAGUCCGGUAUGCUUACAGAUGUCAGAUGCAGAGAUGUCAGAAGACGAUACAAGAUACCCAGAGGAGGGCCUACUAGAGGGACAUCACGAAGUCGACGGUGAUCAUAAUCUCAUGACCUCCAAUGAUAUUCCCCUUCCGGUCAGCACAAGUCCUGAUGAGAAUCCUGACUCAGCUGCCCCUACUAUUCCGAUAGAUCUAGCAUUAUGGGAGCGGAUCUUCAGGGACCUCGGCGAUCUCGUCAAAGUCAAGUUGAACGAGGAGGACUAUCUGAAAGUAAGAGACGAUUUGAAGACCAAGGGCGUCAUCAGCAAGCUUUUCAACGAAGGCCAUCCUUGGGAUUCGAUCACCGACAUGCGGAUCGCCGGAGAUCAAGUCAUGCUGUUGACGACCAUCGACGAGGAUUCGGAAGCAAAGAUUCGGCUGCAAUCUUCUAAGCUCAGAACGAUCCUCGGUCUUAAUCCGAAUACCAACGUUGUCCCCAAGCGUUACCACCUACAGAUUCGGGACUACCAGAGGAGGUCCGACGAGACUCCUCGGUCGCAAACGGCAAGGUGGUCUCAUUGGAACAAGGUUUACAUCGCCGAUGCUUUCACAUCAUGCGGUACGCUUAUUUUGUGCUUGGAAUCAGAGAAGGAGGCACUGAAGCAUUGGAGGGAUGGCAAUGUGACCCUUGAUUUUCAAAAGGCACCAGCUAAGCCCAUCGAUAUUCGCGCCCUCACUCUCUGGUGCUGCAACUGCUCUAGGCCCUCACACCUCCAGCGGGAGUGCACCCAGGCAGCUCGAUGUGGCAAAUGUGCUCAAGCUCAUGAGACAAGCCUAUGCAGGGUCACUGGACCGUACCGCUGUGCCAACUGUCCCGAGAGCCAUCGCUCUGCUUCAACCAAGUGCAAGAAUGCCGACGUUGUCAAGAUGUUGGCGGAGUGCGAAAAGUGGCGAAAGGCUGGCCCUUCAUGGGCAAAGACCGCGGAGCAGCCACAGCUCCCUGACGAGACACUGAUGAGCCAACUGCGUAGCUACCAAAACACGGCAGCUGGGCAAGCAUUUCUCAGUACCUUCAUGACCGCCUCAACGCCCCAGGAUCAGGCAGUUGACCAGGGAUCAAGCAAGUCCAAAGAUGGGAUGACAGAGAGGAAGGAGAAGAAGAGGAAGGUUGAGCCUCAAGAUGUCUUCAACAGUAGUAACAGGGCGAAUUUUGAUUGGAUGGCCACUUCUCAAAAGAACCAGCGCCAGAUAGACCUGGAGAAGAGAGAAGCUGCAGCGAAUCCACGUGGACCUGGUAGACCUUCAAAGAAGAGCAGGGGCGGUUGA